CAAAAAAUAAAAAUAAAAAUAAAAAGAUUCCCAGUUUUUAAAAAAAUAAAUAAUAAAUAAUAAAUAAAAUAAAAUAAAUAAAAUAAUUUUUUUUUUUUUUUUCCGUAAUUAAUUUUUAAAAUUUUUUUUUUUUUAAUUCUAAAGAUUCCAUUGUUUAUCAUCCCAAAUAAUUAUUAUUUUUUAAAUAAAUACAUACAUAUACAUACACUCACACAUAUAAUUUGAUUGAUGGUAAUUUUUACAUUUGUAAGACAUGGCGAAACUGAUUAUAAUAAAAAUGGAAUUUUACAAGGUCAUUUAAAUAUACCAUUAAAUAACAAGGGUAGACAACAGGCGGUUUCAGUUGGUCAGAAAUUAUCAAAAGAAAAUGUGCCAAUAAAUUUAAUAAUAACAUCAGAUUUAGAUCGAGCAUAUGAAACAGCCACUAUUAUCAAAGAACAAUUGGUAAAGCCUGAUCAUAAUAAUAUUGAAAAUAGUAUCAGUAAUAAUAAUAAUAGUAGCAGUAGUUAUCAAUGUUUUUCACCCCCUAUUGAAUCAACCCAGCUACUUAGAGAACGUAAUCUUGGUAAAUUGGAGGGAUUAGAUCUUCGACAUUUGGUUCAUUGGGAAGAGCUCCCAGAGUCAAAAAGAGCUGUAGAAAUCCAAAAUUUAUUAAAAUCACAAACUCCACAACAAAUUCAAUUACAAAAUCAAUUACAUCAGUUAAAUCAACAACAACAAAAGACCUUAAAUAAUGAAACCACUUUUAUACAAUCAGAACCAUCAUCACCAAAUCUUUCAUAUACAAAUACAUAUUCAGCAAAUUCAUCAGCACCAUCAUCGCCAUUAAGUUUAUCAGGCGCUUCAUCAUUAAAUACAUCAACGUCAUCAUUAUCAUCCACUCUUUCCAACUCUUCAUCUACAUCAUCAUUUUCCUCUUCAUUAUCAUCAUCACUAGAGAUACCAAUAUCUCUAACAUCAUCAUCAACUCCAACCAAUGUAAAAUUAACAUCAAAUAUUUUAAAGCACCUUCCACAUAAAGAAUUAAAGAUGGAGUCUAAAUCAAAAUUAAUUCGUCGUGCCAAAGAUGCUUUUCAAUUUAUACUCAGACAAAUACCUUCAAAAUUUAUAAACGAGGGUAACUCUUCCUCAUCAUCAACGUCAUCUACAUCAUCACCAAUUGAUGAAAUGUUUUUACCACCAUCAUAUAAUUCAUCGAUAUCACAACAAAGCACACCAUCUACUUUAAAUCAAACAUCAAAUUUCCAUAUAUUGGUUGUUUCUCAUAGUGUUAUAUUGAGAACACUACUAUCACUUUUAUUAUGUAAAAAAUCACCACCUUUAUUUUGUACCAACCCAAGUUCAAACAACGGUCUAGUUAGCCAAUCCGAACAGUCUUCAACCCAAAAUUUUAAAUGGAUUCAAUUUGAAUUAAAAAAUGCAUCCACCAUAAGAACCAGUUUUAAUAUUAUCGAAAAAAAAUCAAGAGACUCAAUUAAAAGAAUCCCAAGAGAAAUAACUUUUUAUCCUGAAACAAAUAAUAAAGCAAAUAGUAAUAGUACAAAUAGUAAUAACAGUGCUAGUAGUAGUAUUAAAAAGCAAUUACCCGUAUCAACUAAUAAUGUUGUCGUUAUUGAACCUGUAGAUAUUAAAAACCAAACCAUCAAUAAUAACAAUAAUAGUAAUAUAAAUAGUCCAAAUAAUAACAACGAUAUAGUUGGUAUUACACAAAAAUUUCAAAAAGCCUCAAUAAAUACCGAAAAUGAAGAGUAAUCAAAUUGUAUAUUUAAAUUGGUAUAUCCCCAUUCUGUAGUUUUCAAUAUAUUUCCAAAAAAAAAGUGUGUUUUUUGUUUUAUACACAAAAAAAAAAAAAAAAAAAAAAAUCAAAUUAUUAUUUGUUUAAUAGUUUUUUUUUCUUCAAUAAAUAAACUUUAUUUUUUUAUACCUUUU